UCCGCUAACGCCGUCUCCGCCCUCGCCCGCAGGAGCCGCGGCAGGGCGAUGGUGCCGGUGUGCGGCGGGGCGGGCGGCCGCCUGCUGCGGAUGGCGGGGGCCGGUCGGAGGCCGCUUCUCCUCAGCGUCACCCGGGGCCGCAGCUGCCAGGCGGGGGGGAACCCGGCCAGCCACGGCAGGGCCCUGGCCGUCAAAAAGCGAGGCUACGACAUCACCAGGAACCCCCACCUCAACAAGGGAAUGGCUUUUACACUUGAAGAGAGGCUGCAGCUGGGAAUUCAUGGCCUCCUUCCUCCUUGCUUCUUGAGCCAAGACGUUCAAGUCCUCCGUGUGAUGAAAAACUACGAGAACAAAUCUAACGAUCUAGACAAGUAUAUUGUUCUUAUGACAUUACAAGACAGGAAUGAGAAGCUUUUUUACCGAGUGCUGACCUCCGACAUCGAGAGAUUCAUGCCCAUCGUUUACACCCCAACGGUUGGCCUGGCUUGUCAGCAGUAUGGUUUGGCUUUCAGGAGACCACGGGGGUUGUUUAUCACCAUCCAUGACAAAGGCCAUAUUGCAACAAUGCUAAACUCUUGGCCUGAAGAAAAUAUUAAGGCUAUCGUGGUGACAGAUGGAGAGAGGAUUCUCGGUUUAGGAGACCUAGGAAGUUAUGGCAUGGGUAUCCCAGUUGGGAAGCUUGCUUUGUACACAGCUUGUGGUGGAGUUCACCCACAACAGUGUCUCCCUGUCCUGCUGGAUGUUGGCACAGACAACGAGGCUCUCCUGAGUGAUCCACUCUAUAUUGGACUGAAACACAAGAGGGUUCGUGGGAAACAGUACGACGAACUGAUUGAUGAGUUUAUGCAGGCAGUUACCAACAAGUACGGCAUGAAUUGUCUGAUCCAGUUUGAAGAUUUUGCCAAUGCUAACGCUUUUCGUCUCCUCAAUAAAUACCGCAACAGAUACUGUACAUUCAAUGAUGAUAUUCAGGGCACUGCGUCUGUUGCAGUUGCUGGCAUCUUUGCAGCCUUAAGGAUCACAAAGAACAAGCUCUCUGACCAUAAGUUUGUUUUCCAGGGAGCUGGAGAGGCUGCAAUGGGCAUAGCUCAUCUCAUCCUCAUGGCCAUGGAAAAGGAAGGAAUUUCACGAGAGGAUGCCAUCAAAAAAAUUUGGAUGGUGGACUCCAAGGGACUGAUUGUGAAGGGCAGGAGCCACCUGAACCAUGAGAAAGAAAUGUUUGCCCAGGACCACCCCAGUGUGAACACGCUGGAAGAGGUUGUGCAGAAAGUGAAGCCUACAGCAAUUAUAGGUGUCGCAGCUGUUGCAGGAGCUUUCACUGAGAAGGUUUUGAAGGACAUGGCAGCCUUCAAUGAGAGGCCCAUCGUGUUUGCCCUGAGCAACCCCACAAGUAAAGCGGAGUGCACAGCGGAGCAGUGCUACAGCCUCACCGAGGGCCGGGGAAUAUUUGCAAGUGGGAGUCCAUUCUCAAAGGUAACCCUGCCCAACGGACAGACCUUCUUCCCUGGCCAAGGAAACAACGCCUACGUCUUCCCAGGAGUGGCACUGGGAGUCAUUGCCUGCGGCGUCCGGCACAUCUCUGACGAUAUCUUCCUCAUCACAGCAGAGUCUAUAGCUGCCGAGGUGACAGAGCAGAAUCUUGCAGAAGGAAGACUCUAUCCUCCCUUGGACAGCAUCAGAGAGGUGUCUCUCAAAAUCGCUGUGAAAAUUGUUGACUGGGCCUACAAGCAUGGUCUUGCUUCUUGGUACCCUGAGCCAGCAGAUAAGGAAGCCUUUGUGAAACGGCUCGUUUACAGUCCUGAUUACGAUUCGUUUGUUAUUGAUGAUUACAGGUGGCCCCCCGCAGCCAUGCAAACACAAGAUGUAUAAGUUUUUGUGAGAACUGUUUUCUCAUUUUUACCAUCAGUUCCCGUGGUUCGUAUCAUUGCCGACAUAAACGCACCCCCAGGCUUGCAGAAUGAUAAAAGUAA